UUUUGUGCCUUCGCGGACACCGUACGUAAUUGUUGACAGUAAUCAUGGCGUCCUCAAUGUCACUUUUGGGCUUGGGACGUUUGUCUACGAUCAACGCAGCCGCUAAACUGUUCCUGAAUCCAGUCAGGUCUACAAGCACGUCGGCAUGGAGACUGGCAGAAAAACCAGGACAAGACACGCAACUUAUUACAGUUGAUGAGAAAUUGGACAUCACCACUUUGACGGGGGUGCCAGAGGAGCACAUCAAAACUCGGAAGGUGCGCAUCUUUGUUCCUACCAAAACGGCCAUGCAGUCGGGCGUCAACAGCACCAAGAAGUGGAAGAUGGACUUCGAUACCCGAGAGCGCUGGGAGAACCCACUGAUGGGCUGGGCCUCAACAGCUGACCCCUUAUCCAACAUGGUUCUCACUUUCUCUUCCAAGGAGGAUGCCAUCGCUUUUGCUGAGAAAAAUGGUUGGAGCUACGACAUAACAGAGAAAAGAACAUCAAAGCCCAGGGUGAAAUCCUACGGAGCAAACUUCUCCUGGGACAAGAGGACCAGGAGGUCCGCUAAGUAAACUGAAGACACCCAUCUGUUAGUUUGCUUGACCUCAGUUUGUUCUGCAGCAGACCUGUACAUUCUCAACCUGUCAAUAAAUGGAUAAAUAUGUAUAUGUAAACAAAA